AUGGAUACCCUGGGAAAGACGAUCACAUGCCGGGCAGCCAUUGCCUGGGCAGAAAAUUCUCCUCUUUCAAUUGAGGAAGUGCAAGUUGAACCACCAAAGUCUGGAGAAGUUCGUAUUAAGAUGAUCUCUUCAGGGAUCUGUGGUUCUGAUGACCACAUGCUGAAAGGAGAACUCUUGGCAAACUUCCCUUUAAUCCCGGGCCAUGAAGGAGCAGGAAUUGUGGAGAGCGUUGGUGAUGGAGUUUGCUCUGUGAAACCAGGUGAUAAAGUCCUCACCCUCAUUAUCCCACAGUGUCGAGAAUGUGACUCCUGCUUGCACCUCAAAGGAAACUUCUGUGAGAAACAAGAUGUUCUUCCUUGUUCUGGGGUGAUGCUGGACGGGACCUCCCGCUUUUCCUGCCGAGGGCGGAAGAUUUAUCACUCUUUCCGCACAAGUUCCUUCACAGAGUACACUGUCGUGCCUGAGAUUGCCGUGGUGAAGAUUGAUGACGCCGCUCCUAUGGAUAAAGUUUGCCUCAUAAGCUGUGGCUUCCCUACAGGCUAUGGGGCUGCGGUUAACUCAGCCAAGGUCACCCCUGGGUCUACCUGUGUGGUUUUUGGACUCGGAGGAGUCGGUUCAGCCAUCGUCAUGGGCUGCAAAGCCUCCGGUGCAUCCAGAAUCAUCGGGGUUGACAUCAACGAGCAGAAGUUUCCUCGGGCAAGAGCCUUGGGGGUCACCGACUGUCUCAACCCUAAAAAGCUCGAGAAACCUGUCCAGGAGGUGGUGAAGGAAAUGACCGGUGUUGGUGUUGACUUUGCCUUUGAGGCCAUCGGACAGGUUGAUACCAUGGCUGCUGCUUGGAACUCCUGCAACAACAGCUAUGGCGUCUGUCUGAUCGUUGGGCUGGCUCCAUCGGACACACACGUAUCCCUUGAAGCCUCCAAGAUUUUGUCUGGGAAAACUCUGAAGGGCGUGUGUCUGGGAGAUUAUAAAACCAGAGACUGCAUUCCCCAAAUAGUGACUGAUUAUCUCCAAAACAAGAUUAAUAUAGAUCCCUUAGUGACUCACCAGCUGCCUUUUAGCCAACUCCACAAAGCCCUGGAGCUGUACCAUUCAGGAAAAACCAUCCGUUGUGUUCUGCUCUUCUGAGAUCUCAGUGAUAAAGAGUUCAGAAACAGCCUGAAGUGCUUUCCGAGACCAAGAGCCACCGGAAGGGCUUUCCUUCCUUCCGGUUUCACCUCCCCGAUAGUUUCUGAGCAUCGGGAAGAGACAGAAAUCGAGGGCAGCUGUUCUCCUGAAACAAGGACUUCUAGACUAUGGAUAAUAAAAUACGUUGGAAGAA